CCAUUAUACCAUUUGGACUCUUACUCUCCACUAACACACACUUAUAAUUUUGAUUUGUUUAUUUAUGAAGUAGAAGAAGUAAUGGUAAUUAGCAGAAAUCCAGCAAUAAUAUAAUGGCAAUUGUGGUUAAAAUUGGUAUUGAGGGAAUGGAUGGGCCCUUUCCCUUUCCCCUUUGGUAGAUGUUCCAUCAUUACAGCUUUGCCUUCCUCUGGCGCGAGUGUCUUCUUCUGCCACUCCCCACAAUCAUCUCCCACCAUCAAAAGUCAAAUGUCUGAAACUUGAGCAAGAGUGUGAUUAGAAAACAUGUCAGACGGCGGCAAGCCCGCCUUCCUCAACGACAAGCUCUCUAAGCGGACCACCAUCUUCGGCCUGCGCCUCUGGGUGGUGGUCGGAAUCUGCGUGGGCGCCGCCAUCGUCAUCCUCCUCUUCCUCAUCUCCCUCUGGUUCACCUCCAGAAGAAACAAGAAAUCCUCCCACCUCUUACCCCACAAGACCUCCUCCGCCAUCCCCAUCGUCUCCAGAGAAAUCCAGGAAAUCCGGACCCACGACGCCGAUCCCAAACCCCCUCCCCGCUCCGACCCGGAUCCCGAGCCCCCCCACAUUGAGAAGCCCCCCCACCGGAUUCCCCAGGCCGAGAAAGACGGCGGAGGCCCGGAGGUUUCUCAUCUGGGGUGGGGCCACUGGUACACUCUCAGGGAGCUCGAGGAAGCCACCAAUGAAUUUGCCGAUGAGAAUGUGAUUGGUGAAGGCGGAUAUGGGAUUGUUUACAAAGGAAUUUUGGAGGGUAAUAAUAAGGUUGCUGUCAAGAAUUUGCUCAAUAACAGGGGUCAAGCGGAGAGAGAGUUUAAGGUUGAAGUGGAAGCAAUUGGGCGCGUGCGCCACAAGAAUUUAGUGAGGUUGCUUGGUUAUUGUGCGGAAGGAACUCACAGGAUGCUAGUUUAUGAGUAUGUGAACAAUGGGAAUUUAGAGCAAUGGCUUCAUGGAGAUGUAGGGCCGUGCAGCCCUCUAACAUGGGAGAUUCGAAUGAACAUCAUACUUGGAACUGCAAAAGGCUUGACGUAUCUGCACGAGUGUCUGGAGCCUAAGGUAGUCCACCGCGACAUAAAAUCGAGCAACAUCUUGCUGGAUAGGCAGUGGCACGCCAAGGUGUCCGAUUUUGGGCUUGCGAAGCUCAUAGGCUCUGAGAAGAGCUACAUCACCACGCGAGUCAUGGGGACGUUCGGCUACGUCGCCCCUGAAUAUGCCAGCACUGGGAUGUUGAACGAGAGGAGCGACGUCUACAGCUUUGGCAUCCUCAUAAUGGAGAUCAUCACGGGGAGGAACCCGGUCGACUACAGCCGCCCUGCAGGGGAGGUGAACCUGGUUGAUUGGCUUAAAGCAAUGGUUUCCAAUCGAAACUCUGAGGGUGUUUUGGAUCCAAAAUUACCCGAUAAGCCUUCCUCGCGAGCACUGAAGCGCACCCUUUUGGUGGCGUUGAGAUGUGUAGACCCGAACGCUCAGAAAAGGCCGAAGAUGGGCCAUGUAGUUCACAUGCUCGAAGCAGAUGAUUUCCCUUUUCGUGAUGAUCGCAGAGGUGGGAAGGAUCAUGGAAGAUCAAUGGAGAAGCGCUCGUGUGAGCCGGGUGACAGCAGUGGAUACGAGAGCAGCGUUCAGACGGAUAGGACGCUGUUGAGGAAGGAGGAAAGAGACGACGAGCAAUAGCAGAGAGGCAACUGCUGGUACACUGCUACCCUCUCUAUGUAAAUACUGUGAUUUUGGCCUCAGCUUUUGACAUGAAAUGGUCAUUGCUCAUUGCAUGUUAUAUAGAGUGUUUUUGAGAUAUAUAGUGCUUCAAUAUGAUUCAUUUGUGAUGUUUGAUUGAAUUUGAUUAGCCCUCUGUGGUUUCUGAGGGAGAAGGCUGUAUGUUUGACUUGUUUCCUCAUAGUCGUAAUGCAUAGCAAAUUUAUGUGAAAAA